AAAAACUUCUAAGAAAAAUGACAGUUUUUAGGAAUUCUCACUUGCGUUUUUCAACUCCAGUACUCCCACUAUUGUUUCUCUUUGAACAUUUUUUGCUGUGCAGUUCUUCUGUGUUGCUGCUGGAGGUAAUCCCCAGCCUUCUGACUCCCCUCCCUCCACUCAGCUUCCCUCCUCCUUGCACUGGGUGCCACAGCACCAGUGUGAUCAAACUCCAGUUCAAACUGGCCUCUGCUCUGCUCCGAUGGCUGACUCUCCUCUUAACCACUCCUGGCCGUCUUUCUCCAAGCUCUGGAUGAAGAGAUGGUCCUUCAAGAGAGCAUCCGAGUGCAAGCCAUGUAGCCGGUCCUGUGGGAAUCCCAGUACCCAGCUGAGCGUCCAGGCACCCAGUGGGAAAGGAUCUUCCUCCUCACUACCACCGGCCUCCAUCACAGAGGAUGGUGACAACACCAGUGAUGAUCAGGAUGCAUCCUCAGUAGUCAGUGACUACGACUGUCCCUGUGUGGACGCAGGCAGCAGCCUAGAGGACCUGCAGGGUCUCAGUUCCUCCCUCAGGGACUCAGAGUACUUCAAAGACCUGCAGGGAGAGUCGCCGGCCUCACAGGCUGCAGCGUCAAAAGACACCUCUGCACUCCCAGAAAGCAACGCACGGCAAACCGAUAACUUACAGGAGCCUGUAAACACAAACAGUCAGACCAAAAACCAGCCCACAGCUCUGACCACAGACUUCCUACAGGUCAAUGCAACAUCAUUUCCUUCCUUUGAGCAAUUUGCAGAUGAACCUCCCUCUGACUCUGCUGCCCAGCUCAGCCCAAAGCCGCUGCCAGGUUGUGUCGCCGACAGCGAUGACUUCACUGCCUCUGCACUCACCCUGAACUGGACAUUUAAUUUAAAUGGACUGCUGGAAUCCUUGGAAACAGUGAAAGCGGUUGAUGAACUAGACGACGUAAAGCACCAGGGCAAAAUGGAGCUGGAUGGAGAGCCAGACAUGGACAGCUUUCCGAUUUUGGUCAGAUCCAUGUCAACGUCUCGGAGGCACAGCUGGGGGGUUCCUCUGUCGCCCCUCAACUCUGGCAGGAGACUGAGUCUGGACACCGCAGCCAUAGACAGCGAUGAAGAUGGAGACGAUGAUGACGAGCAACAGAGCAGUCUUUUCCAGUCCUCCCAGCAGCAGUCUGACAGCUUCUCAGCAGGAGCCGGAGAUGAGCCAGAUGGUUUCAGUUUGAGGGUCACCGGUGGACCAGGCAGGCAGCUGUACUCUCGAUCGGACAUCCUUGCCACCGAUGAAUAUUCCCGAGCGGCGCACAUUUCCCGCGUCGUGCAGACCUCCAAACAGGCCGCCAGGGCAGCAGGAGUGGCAGAGGAGUUUGACCCAGAAGAAAACCUGCACUCAUCAGAGGGACAAAGCCAUAUGCUGAUGGUACAGAAAGUUCUGCAGGAGCUAAAGCUGUACUAUGGAGUGAAGCACAGAAACAACAGCAGUCCAGACACCAAGGAUUCAGGAAGUGUCACUUGGUACGAGUUCCUCUCCAAUGCGAACGAGGAAGAGGAAGACAGAGCAGAGAAGGUUGAGAAAGGAACAAAGGUGAAAAGGACCCUCAGCUCCCUGAGGAGCAGGGUGACAGGCUCCUUCAAUAAAGAUAAGGGUAAGAACCGAGAAAAAGAGCUGCAGAGGGAGAGGGCGAAGGAGAGGGACAAAGAGAAAGAGAAAGUGUGCAGGACCCGCAGCAACGGGCAUCAUUUAGUGCCAGGCUCCUUCUCCAGCUCCGCCACCUGCUCACUGUGCAGCAAGAGUCUGCUGAAAAAGCAUGGAAUGCAGUGCAUGAAUUGUGCUGUGAACGUUCACAAGAGCUGCAAGUCUCUGCUGGGUGAGUGCACCAGCAGCAAGAAUAAGAGAGAUCUCCACUCGAGGGGCAGCGGGUCAGCAUCUCCUAGUCUUGCGCUGAAAGACCGGGACAGGGAGAAAGAUCAGGCAGGCAGAGAUUCGGCUCAGGCUGCGGAUGGCCACCGAGGGUUUCCCGGCGUCCCAGGCAUGACCGUUAGCUCGUUUGGAGCCAGCACUCAGCCUUCACUCAGCCUCAGCAGCAGCUUCGCCGCAGCCCCCGCCUGCAGCGUCGGCCCCAGCCUCCGUCACCACAGCAGCUCCGGAUCCCUCCCCGGGGACAUGGAUGAGAUAGACUCUCUGCGCUCUAAACGCUGCAACGACGACGCCGUUUCUCUCGCACCUUCCAUCGCCGAGCCCAUCAUCGUAGAAGAAGCUCACUAUGCAGCAGUGCGGGCCGACCUGGAGUCUGAUGCUCAGGACUUGGAGGCCGACUCCUGGAGCCUCGCAGUCGAUCAGCAUUAUCUGAAGAAACAUUCAAAAGAUGUGGCGAAGAGGCAGGAUGUUAUUUAUGAGCUAAUGCAGACGGAGAUGCACCAUGUGAGAACGCUCAAGAUAAUGCUGCAUGUGUACAUCCGAGAGCUGAAGGAGAACCUGCAGAUGGACUCGGGCAGACUGGACUGCCUGUUCCCUCGCCUGGAAAACCUCCUCGACCUUCACACACAUUUCCUGUCGUGUCUCAGAGAGCGACGGCGAGAAAACCUCGUCUCGCCCAGCGACAGGAACUACACCAUCAAUAGAGUGGCAGACAUCUUGAUCGCUCAGUUCUCAGGUGAAAUAGGAGAGAGGAUGAAGAACUGCUACGGAGAUUUCUGCAGCCAUCACACUGAAGCGGUCGGCUUGUACAAAGAGAUGCUGCAAAACAACAGAAGGUUUCAGAACCUCAUAAGGAAAAUCAGCAACUUAUCCAUUGUACGGAGGCAAGGAGUGACGGAGUGUAUUUUGCUGGUAACGCAGAGGAUUACCAAGUACCCGGUCCUGGUGGAGCGCAUCCUUCACAACACUGAAGCGAACACAGAGGAGCACCAAGAUCUGACUCGGGCUCAGAGUCUGAUCAAAGACACCAUCAAAGAGGUGGACACCCUGGUUAACCUGCAUGAGAAGGAGUCUCGGCUCCGAGAUAUUCACAGCAAGAUGGAGCCGAAGACGCAGGGAAAGAUCAAGGAUGGCCGGGUGUUUCGUAGGGAGGACCUGGGUCAGGGCAGGAGGCGGCUGCUGCAUGAGGGAACCGUCAGCUGGAAAGCUGCCUCUGGCAGACUCAAAGAUAUCCUGGCUGUACUGCUGUCAGAUGUGCUGCUUUUACUUCAAGAGAAGGAUCAGAGAUAUGUCUUUGCUACAGUAGAUAACAAGCCUUCAGUGAUUUCUCUCCAAAAGCUGAUAGUCAGGGAGGUGGCCCAUGAGGAGAAGGCCAUGUUUCUCAUCUGCGCCUCCUCAAACGAGCCAGAGAUGUACGAGAUCCACGCCGCCUCCAAAGAGGAGCGAAACUCUUGGAUAACAUACAUACGGCAAGCAGUCGAGAGCUGCCCUGACUCAGAGGAGAGGCUGUUCAGUGAGGAAGAGGAGGCUCAAGCUGCAAGGCUUCGAGAAUUUCAAGAGCGCCUGAGCCAGAAGGACGCGGUGAUCGCUCAGGCUCUCACCGAAAAACUGCAGCUGUUUGCAGAGAUGGCGGAGUCCGUGGCCGGUCUGGAGGACACGGCUUCUCGCUCAAGGCUGCUGCUCCGGGGCGACGCCUCGGACCACCAGCAGGGGGAGGUGCUGCUCAAAGGAGCCAUCACUGAAGUGGAGAACCUGCAGAACUUGUUGCAGGCUGGCGUGAGGGAAGAGGCUCAGGAAACACGGGCGGAGGACGGGAGCGGUUCUGGGGUUCUGCCCAGGAGAGCGGGGACAUUCGGAGGCUAUGACAGCAGUCCCGUCAUCCUCUCUAAGAACGGCAGCUUCUCUGGGAACAGAGACAGGAGCCAAAGAGCCAGCUCCGACCCUCAGCUCAAAGGCCUCUGUGGAAGCCACACCCUGGAACAGACGGUGGAUCAGAGCUGCUCCUCUCCUCCGAGAUGGAACCGGAUCUGGUCCGACUCUUUCCCCGAAGCUGAGUUCUUUGACAAAGUGUUGAUGCUCUCCCAGAGACUUUAUAGCCUGCAGGCCAUCGUAUCGCAGCAGGACAGUCAGAUUGAGCUGCAGAAGGCCUUGCUAACAGAGCGGGUGUCCCUGCCUGGGCGCAACAAAGGAAACGGGCUCCUGGAGCAGGAGAAACAGCGGACUUUAGCCCUGCAGAGAGAGGAGCUGGCCUACCUGAACAAGCUUCAGUCUCAGCACAGGCAGGAGCAGCAGCGCUGGGAGAAAGAACGGGAGCGGCACCGGCAGCAAGUGGAGGCGACCGAGGCCCGGCUCCGACAGAGAGAGGAGGAGUGCAGAAAACUAGAGGAGCAACUGGCUAAGGAGCAGGAGGAAUUGGACAGGCAGAGAGAGACGUAUCAGAAGGACUUGGAGAGACUGCGGGAGUCCACUAGAGCUGUGGAAAAGGAAAAGGAGCGACUGGAGUCCCAGAAGAAGAUGAAGAGGAAAACAAUUGAGGUGGCUCCGAUGUCCGGCAGUCUGAAUGGGGAUCUCAUCUCGUCCUCCGGUCUCAGUGGCUCCACCUGCGUCUCCGAGUCGCCCCACUCCCAGAAGCCCGUCGUGCGGGGAAGCCUCUCCGUGGCGCAGGCCGACUACCCCGAGCGGCCCGAUGUCCUGCUCCGGCGGGAGACCGGCUCCUCGACGCUUCCUCUCCCGCUGAAGACGGAGGUGCCGCUGCACCUCUUCAGCACCACCAACCAGCAGCACAAACCGGUCGGGGUGCAGCAGCAGAUCCCCACCAAACUGGCAGCGAUCAACAGCGGCAAAGGGAAAGGAAGCAAGAGUGGGAAAGCGUCGCAUCGCACCGACAGCUCUGCCUCGGUGGACAUGAAGCAGAUGCUCCCCCUGAAACUGUCUGUUAGAGACGACAACGUCCUGAAGGCCAAACGCUCCAUCAGCCCCCAUCAGCAGUCCCUCCAGUCUCACUCCCUGCAUCACCACUCAGAUCAGCUGAGUCCAGAGCAGACUGGAUUAGACACGCAGCCCACCUCCUCCAUCGGCUCCAACCAGAAGCCCCCCAUGCAGGGCGUGCAGCCCCAUCCUCCCCCCUCCGUUCACCACCUCCACUCCCAGAGCGCCGACUCCCUCCCGUUCCAGCCCCACCUGCAGCCGCACAGCCUCAGCCAAAUCGCACAGGCCAACGCCCCGCUGAACGUUCACGGCCUCAGCGCGACGCCGCCCUACAGCCUCCCUGCUGAGGACCUCAACAAGGAGGACGUCAUAUUUUUUUAAAGCUCCAGCUGCCCCAGGACCGAGCACUGAUCCCCCCAGUCUGACCACAACUUAUUGCCGAGGCUCGCGUGGAGAAAUUUCCCCCGGCUUUUUAUUCGAUAGCGUUUGCUAAUUCACAUUUUAAUCCAAGCUGCCUCCAAUAUUUAAUUUAAUUCUUAGGUAUAAAUACUUACAAGUAUGGGGUGCAAAGGUGUUCUCAAACAAAAGAGAACACCUCUUUUGUUCUCUUUUGCGUUGAUUUAUUGUUAUUUUAAUUAAGUUUUAUUAAUCCAAAGACACAGAACACAUUUCCGAACAGGAUCUGACUGAAAGGACAACGGCGAAAGAUCAUUUUUUUUUUUUUUUUUUUUUAUCUAGAAGAAGUUCAGCUUGUGAGAAGCAAAACGUUCAGUGAAGGAUAUUUACCGCUCUCUCCUGCUGGUCCUGGACCAUCAUGAAGCUUUUCAUCAGAAGUGAUCAAAACUCUGCUUGAAGUUUCAUCUGCACAUUGUAAAAACAAAACAAAAUGAAAAAAAAAACUCCUUUCCAAAAUAAUGAAGGAACAUUUUAUGGGGAAUAUGUUGAAAAAUGUUGAUUGUACAACUUUUAUGAUUGUAAAGCUUAAUUGCAUUUUUUGGUACUUGUCUUAAAUGUGCUUCUUUCAAAAAAAAAAAAAAUCGUAACACCACCAGUCUUAUUGCUGGUUUAGAAAGUUGACUAACAUUUUAUUUCAGCAAAGGCAGGGCUUGUUUUUUUUUUUUUUUGGGUAAUAUGUGUAAAAAUAUGAAGUGAGACUCAAAGAACACACUUUCCUUAGAAGAGUUGGAGAGUUUUUUUCUUUGUAUUCAUAACGCUAAUCUGCCAAUCUUGUUCUGCUUUGGUCAAAAUGACGAACCAGAAUUGUGCUUAUAUAAGCGGCGAAAUGGCAAAAUGUGGUCAAAUUUGACAUUUCAUUUUAGUUUGUUUCACAGAGGUUGACGAAAGUAAAAAAGACGUAUUGCAGGUGAAAACUGAAUCUGUUUGUUCUGCUGCUCAUGCUGAGCUUGCUGUGAGCUCUGUCUGCAUGCUGGACUUUAAAAACAAACGAUUCAUCAGAAUCGGAGGAUGAGCAAUCAGACGGUGCCCUUCAUGGUAGAGAUGCUGUGAUCAUGAGUUAGAGGCUGAUUUCCAAUCUGAUUUUUUUUUUUUAAAGCUUGAGGUGCUUGUGUUGUUUAAUAUCUAUUCAGAUUUCAAGAGGAAUAUCAGAAGAUGUAGGGUUAGAAUAUCUUUUUCUGGUCUUUUUGACAUAAAGGAAGCAGAUUUAACGUUGAUGUAAAACAAGAUUUUUCUGUUUCAGACAAAAUGAUCAUGGAGUUUACAUUCUAAGCAAUCUUAUCAUUCCAUAUCAUAGAUUAUUAAGCAUCUUUAGGUAUUUAGAUCCUUCCAUUAGUUAAAAUUUCUGAAAGGCCACCGACGUUAAUCCAGCCUGGUUAAAAGCUCAAAAGUAUAAAAUAAAUUUCUGUGAGCCCUAUGAUUCUUCUACCA